AUGUAUGAAGACUAUGAAGCUGACUCGAAGAAUCUAGAGCGCGGUCUCAUGAAGUCGAAAUUAUUGGUUAUGGCAUUUAAGGCCAUCUUUACUUCUCCCUCCUCCGCCAAUGAAGUUGAUGGCGAAGGUGAUGGUGCCGAUAUAAUUGAGAACAACCGACGUGCCCGGAGACGAUCCGAUCAAGCUAAAGUGAAAACGUGUGUGGCCGCUAUCAUAGGUAUGAGAAAAGUGACCCCUCGCGCGAUCGCGUACACAGCUUGUCAGGUCCGAUUUGCCCUUUCCAACAUCACGUCCUGGCGCAUCAUGGACGGCGACUUCGAUUAUCAAAUUUUCUGGAAUAACAUAGUAGACUUCUUUGAGGACGCUCCGGGACCGGCUGCACGAGCCAGGGUGAACGAGUUACUUGAGUGGUGGACCAGGCAAGUCACCGACCAUCAGCAGCGACUCAUUCUGACGGCUAACUCACUGCAGAAAAGUUUUCGGGCGAAACCAUCGGCAGGACUUAACGAUGGAGCAUUAUCGCCGGAUGGCAAAAUCGUGGCAAGCGGGAGUUGGGAUGGCGCAGUGAGAUUGUGGAACAUCGACACGGGCACGGUUAUCAAAAAGUGGACGGGGCAUACAGAGUUGGUGCAUCACACGUGCUGGAGUUCAGAUGGAGGGCGAAUAUUGAGCGGAUCCGAAGAUGGAACAUUCAGAGUAUGGGAUGUCGAGAGCGGAAGAACCAUCAUUGGACCAAUGAAAGCAGGAAAAUUGCACACGGUUUGCUACUCACCUGAUGCUAAGGUGAUUGCCACAGGCGGGGAUGAGCUGAAAAUCUGGAAUGCCAACACAGGCGAAUUGCUCAAAACACUCCAGGGUCGUUUUUCAUGCCUAGAAUGGACCCCAGAUGGCAAAACGCUUUUCGCCGGAGGAUCCAAAUUCAACACAGCCACCUGGACUGUCAUUGACGUGCGCGAACACUUCGUCUAUAUCAUUUCAAUACCUCCCAAUGAGUGCAUCUUCACAAGCACAUCAAACUUCUGGGACAACACAAUACAACUAUGGAACUUUGAAACCAAUCAACCCAUCGGAAUGCCACUUCACCAUAAACACAGGGUGAACUCUGCGACCUUUUCUGCAGAUGGAAAAUUCCUCGUCACUAGCUGCCCCGACGGCCACAUUUACACAUGGGAUGUUUCCGCUAUCGUCAAAGAAGCUGGUCUUCUGUCAGACAUUGUUGAUGCUACACCGCGACCAGCUCCAAAGAUGAAAGAUGCUCCUCGAAUACCUCCAGGGUUCUUUGAUGAUGCACUGCGAGAAGAUAAUCUGCGCAUUCGUCUAUCCCAAUCCCAUGAGCUACAUGACCGCCCCGCUCCAGCACCACGUCAAUGCACCCUCAAUCCCUUUUCCUCAUUCUGGCGCUCCAAUUCACAUGGGGCAACUGAGCGCGACACUCAAUCCCUAUCCCGACCUCUCAGCUGGACUCGAAACCUAGUAUCUCGUAUACGCAGACGAGAUGGAUCAGACAUCCAGUUGCGAGAGGUCGAGGUCCCUUACACAGCGGGAAAGCCUAGGAACCAUCACGCGAGGAAGAAGCCAGCCGCCAGCUCGUCUCGACCUUCCAAUACUCAUAUCACGCAGCAACACAGCGCGACAACAAAGAGUACACCAUCAUCGUCACAGCAACUACCACCCAUUGCGACUGCCCCGACAUCGUCCAUUGUCUUUGGUAUCGCUGAGGCAACGGGAACAACCUCACGUCCUCAUAUCACCGUUACUGGAUGGCGUGCUCGUUUUGUUGGCUGGUUGUGUUUCCAGCUACUGCAUUGGCUACCAGAACGACAUCGCGACGCAAUAUCACUGUCGUACAGGCCGGAUAUCCCUCACGUGCGCUCUAGCCAAUCUCUAGUGUUUCUGCUCGAAUAG